UAUUCUCAAUCCGAAGGCGCUCUAUCUUUGAUUGGUAUUAUUGACGACCAGCCAAGAUAUUGCACUGGAAUUCAAUGCAUGGUACAAAUUAUCAGCAAUUCAUUUGUUUGACCUACUAUUCUUGAACUGUUUAGUAAUUCUUAUCAUAAAAAUUAGCCAUAGGACUAUAGGAACAUGAGCCUUAGCCAUUUCAAUAAACCAUAUUAUUUGAUAUUUUUUGCUGUGUGUCAUAUUGUUGUCGGUGAUCCAGUUGAAGAUGACAGUGCUGCAAUUAAAAAAGUCUUGAAAAACCUAAGCAAUAAUAAUCGUAGGCUGGAAAAGGAAAACGAAAUUUUGAAAACCGAGUUGUGGGAUCUGAAGUCAAAGGUUUCAAAACUGCAAAAAUUUGAAGUAUUGGAAGAAGGACAAGAAGAGUCAAUUGUUUCAAAAUCGGAGAUGCGGAAUCGUCGACUUUUGAUUGGACAAAUAACUACCACACCUUCUACCCCAGAACCAGCACACUCAAUCCCCUUCUAUGCUUACAUGUCCAAAUCAGAACCGACGCCAAGUAACCAUCAUACUUUUUUGACGUCAUCAAAACAAACCUAGGGAAUGGAUACAGCAAAUACAGCGGAACAUUUGUCGCACCCUCAAAUGGGACAUACGUCUUUACUUGGACCAUCAAUACUGACCCCGGCGGAGCUCACUAUAUAAAUCUCAUGGUGAAUGGUGCAAUUGUGGGAGGAUCGGUCACUGAUACAAGGAAUGGAAAUUAUGACUCUGACUCAUCAACAGUGGUAGUAGUCAUUAAAAAGGGACAUAAUGUAAACCUUCGAACAACAGCUGCAACAUUUGGUUCUUCGACCAUAUUCGUUGAUGUUCAUGCAUUCACGUCAUUUGCUGGUUGGCGAAUAGGGUCUUAGUAAAUUUUUUCUCAAUCUUGAUUUAAUGGUAUUUAU